UGAUGGGGAAAGUCAUCUUCUCCCUGCUCCUCGCCCUGCCUCUGGUGACCCUCGGCACCUCUUCAGAUAAAAAGUGUCUGCUUUGAGGUGGGAUGGCCAAACCGGAAGCCAGGCUCCUCGGGAGGGCUUCCCACUGACUUAUAUAACCUCCAAAAACCCAGUGUUAAGAGAAUGUGCGUCCUGUCUGGAUCGUGGAGGAAUGAGCUCGGCUCUAACAUGACCAUCUCUGCCGUGAACGCCGAAGGGGGAUUCAGUGGUUCAUACCUCACAGCAGUGACGGCCACCAACAAACGCAUCCUAGUGUCACCCCUGAAGGGGUCCCAGAACCACAAGAGCCAGAGGAAGCAGCCGACCUUUGGCUUCACCGUGAGCUGGACUUUCUCAAACUCAGUGACCGUCUUCGUGGGCCAGUGCUUCAUGGAUGAUAACGGGGAGGAGAUUCUGAAGACCAUGUGGCUGCUGCGCCAGGAGGUUAGAUCCCCCGGUGCCGACUGGAAAGCGACCAGGGUCGGCACAAAUGUUUUCACCCGGAUCAAGUGAUUGAACGUGGGUGAAUCUGUGAGGAGCGAUGGUUCCCGGUGACCCAGCAGCACCGUUACCCCACUCUGCAGCCCCAGGGCUCCUGGUCUCCGCCGUCUGGAAUUGUUCUGGGCUCUCUCGAGAGCAUCUCGCCUGGUGUCAGGACUGUUUGCUGGGCUGCAGAGGCGCCGUCUCUGUCUCCAUCUCCAUCUCCCCUCGCUCUCCGGUUACCCCUCACCCCAGAGUCGCUGUCUGCACCCCUGACCCUGCAGUUAAGUUCCUUUCCCAGUAAAGUUCUAGCGCAGGAGGCAAA